AUGACCCCCCACCCCAUGUACAUCACCCUCUACUACAUAGUCACCUGGCUCCCUGACUGUCUCCGCGUAGAAAGGGACCACUUCCUCUCAGUUUGCCCCACCACUCUCACCGUUGACCUCCUCGAGAAGGCCCUCCUAGCAGCAGAGAAGAGCGUAGUCGCUGUAGGAGCCUCUCGUGGUGACCCUCGCACCCCCGUCUUUGAGGGGUGUUCUCCCUCCCCCCUAUUGCCCUCUGUUUCCUCUGAUGCUGAAACCGGCCUCGUUGGUUUCGAGUCGGUCGGCGCUGCGUCUGCCACGAGUGGGAAACGCCGCACCGGCAAGGGCAAGGGGGGCAAGGGCACUGGAGGGGCUGGAGGGGGCGGUGGAGGUGGUGGUGGAGGCAGUGGAGGGAGUGGGGGUGGUGGUGGGAGUGGUGCCGGGGGUGGCGGCGGCGGCGGCAGCAGUGGAGGCGGCGGACGCGGUGGUGGUGGCGGAGGGAGCGGAGGCGGCGGAGGGAGCAGAGGCGGCGGAGGUGGAGGACGCGGCGGAGGUGGCAACGGCGGCGGCGGUGGUGGAGCGAGUCGCGACUCUGCGCAGAGGAGUGGCUCAGGUGGUGGUCCGCGCCAGCAGCAGCGGAGUGGUGUGACCCUGUCCCCUCAGCAGCUUCGUGAGUGGAACACUGCGCGUCAGCGUGGUGGGGGUUUUGGUCCCUGCACUUACGUCCUCCGUACCGGCGACCGAGGUGGUGAGCAGUGCGGAGGCCCGCACUCCACCCAGCGCUGCUUCGGUCGCCUGACGGACGCGUGGCAUCGCCAGUUCCCCGAGGCGUCAGAGAUCCCUCGCUGGGGAGAUCUGUCUAGGGCGGGGUAUGCUAUCUUUGAUCUUGAUUUUGAUGCUAUUCUUGCUGCUAUGGAUGCUUUUGAUACUAGUGUUGUGGGUGACUGUAACCUGUGUGAGCCGCUUGAUCCGGGCAUUGAGGCCGCUGCUCUAGGUGCUGGUGAGGCUGCUGCUCUAGGUGCUAGGGCGUCUGCUGCCCCAGGUGCCAGUGCGUCUGCUGCCCCAGGUGCUGGUGAGUCUGCUCUCUUAGGUACUACGUCGGCUCAGGCCUUCCACAACUUCACCCUUGACUCGGGUGCGUCCCGCUCCUUCUUUCGAGACCGCACCACUCUUACGCCGCUCUGUCGGCCGGUUGCAGUCUCCCUGGGAGACCCCUCUGGGGGACCUGUCCUUCCUAGCUUCUCCACUGUCUUACCGUGCCCGGCAGCCCCCUCUGGCACCCUGUCAGGUCUCUACCUCCCCUCGUUCUCUACGAACUUGGUGAGUGGAGCGGACCUACAGGAUAGGGGGGUCAACCAGGUCGAGCCUGUACACCCUUACAACUGA